AUGUUCUGUGUGGAAGUCUUGUCGAUUGCAGAUUACGAGCUGGCGAGGGCGAAAGAGAUGGACGCCCUCAUGGACUCAGCCGUGGAUCAACUUGAGACAUUGUCUCGGUCCGGCAAUGCACUACCGAAAAUGACCGACUUAACCAUUCGAUUUGGACAUCUCGGCCUGGCGGCAGACAAUGAGCCACGUCAAUUCGAAUUCCAUCUGCCAACGACUUGUGCAACUUGGCCUGGGCCACAUUUCGGUGCCAAAUCGCUUCACAAAGUCAUUGCCAAGCCGCCGAAGACCGCACCCAAGCCUGCGAAGCAGUAUUGUUGGCCAAGGGUAGCCAGGAAGCGCGCUGCGCCCCUCAAAUCGGCGAAGGCAAAGAAGGCAAAGAAGAGCAGUCCCGAGCCCAAAAUCUUGACAUCUGUCGCCUCUCGUGAUCCACCGCUGCAUCUACUCAGUCUACCUGCAGAAAUUCGAAAUGCAUUCUGGACACUGCUUGCUGUGCGAAAGAAUCCCAUCGAAGCACAAUUGCGGCAUAUUCGCACCGCAAAGACGCCUCAGAAGCCGCGAAGCCAAGUCGUACGGCGGUUUCCUCGCGAGCCAGUCGUGGCCGCUGUGAAUAAGCAGCUGCGGCGGGAAGUCCUUUCAAUCUUCUAUGGCACUAACCAGUUUGUGAUGGAGAAGAACGCGUGCGAUUUGUACAAAAACCUGAGCAUGACCCACCCGGGCUCCGUGCAGAAAUGGAGCCCGAGGCCAGACCUGGCAAACUUCCUGUCGUCUGUUGACCUCCGCUAUCAUGUCAUGCCACGGCCACUGCCAUACGGCAUGGGUUCUGUCGUUUACACAUUGCGACGGCUGGCGGAUGGACGGGUGACCAUUGACGUCAAAGCGGAGUGGCCAGGUGGUGGGAAGAAGGGUCCAGAAGCCCUUGAAGCAUGCUUGUGCAAGGAGAUCGAUACUGUCGGCGCAGUCCGGGAUUCAAUGCAAGGAAAAGACACGGAUCUUGCGCAAGUGUCAUUGGCAGUGAUGAGGAAGCGGCUAGAGACAAUCUUCGGAGAUCCUUCGAUCGAAAAGACCCCCAAUCACCAUCCGGGCGAGGUGACGUGCAGUCGGUGCAAGAAGGAUACUUUUGAGAUUGUGUACAGCGGGCUCUAA